AUGGAGAAUCUGAACAAGAGAUCCAGAGACGACUUUGAGGGCCCUAAUGCCCAUGCGGGCCCUGGGUACGACGACUACGACGACCCUUCGAAGAAACAACACAUUGAUCCAACGGCUGAGUUGAUUGUCAACAUCUGCAAAGAUAUCAGACGUAUUGGGGAGAACAGUAACUUGGCUACGCAGGUGGACGAUAUUUCGUACAUUUCGAACCCCAUUGUGGCUGAGUUUGAGAAGAUUGAUAAGUUGAGGGAGGCUAUUUUGUCUACGUUGUAUGCUGUGGUGAUUGAACAACCGCAGAAGAUCACCGCUUUGAGUGUGCUUAUUUUCAUUUGCAACGCUAAGAACUUCUUGGUGGCUAAGUACGUUAUCGAGUACUUCCACGCUAAAGCUCAGGGCCUACUAGACAAACUUAGGGAGCUGUCGAUGGAGGUUGAGACGAGGGAGGAGAAACAAGCCGAGGAGGCUGGUGUGUUCAACGACUUGAAGUCUGUGUUUAAGUUCUUGGGCGCAUUAAACCCAAUUAUCAGUGAAAAUGCUGUUUCUAGUCUUUUCAAACAGCUCUUGACGACUGCGGUUGAAUUGCAGACCAACUCUGGUGAGAAGAGAAACGGUAUCGCUGAAGAGAUCUUCUAUAAUGUCUUGAUUGCGACUCCAUACCUUCUUGCCAACGACUUCUCCGAGUCUACUAUUCAAGCUGCCAAUGAGAUUCUUGAAUUGGCUGCUACUUUCCAGAUUGUGGAAAGCGAUGAUGAAAGAUCCGUUACGGUGCUUGAACCUUUCGACCCAAAACACAAAAACUUUAUUGAUGAGUUGCCAUACAAGCCAAGGAAGCUUAUCACUUUGAUUUUACCCGCUCUUGUGGCCUUGCAGAAAUCUGAAAAGAACUGGGAGGGUUUCAAGGGUGCUCUUUUCCUUGACUACAGCGACUUGCUCGAGCCAAUCAUCAAAGAAGCCUUGGAAACAAAUGAGAUUUCUCAUGAUCUCGUCAAGCACUCUUUGCCUCAGUUGUCCAUUCCUUCUAUUGAAGAGAUCGGAUCCUAUAAGCCAGACGGUUUGAUCGACAACCUUUGGUUCCAGCACCCAAGACUUCUAUUCCAGGUCUACAACACCACCACUGAUUUCGAGACUGUACCUUCCAUUGAAUCUUACUUUGGUUUGUUCUUCAAGGAUCUUGCCUUCGAUAUCUUGACAAACAUGUCUUUUAACCAGAAAGAAGCCUCUAUUCAGUUGUCUAUCUUGGACUUGUUCUGUUCCAGAGACUUGUUUAGUCCUCCAGGUUCUUCUGUUGAUCAGCUUGCUAUGAUUGCUAAAGACAACGAAGCUGGCGAGAACGUUCCACCUCUUUCCACCUGGAAGGUGGAAGAUGUUGCCGUGGAGAGUAUCCUUACUAUGAUUUUCCAGCUUCCUAAGCCUCUCCACUAUGAGAUCUACUACUACACUGUCUUGAUCUCUUGUUGUCAAGAGAGUCCAGAGUCAAUCGCUCCUGUCUUCGGCAGAGCCAUCAGAUUCUUCUACAAGAACUUAGAGACGCUAGACUACGAAUUGAAGAUCAGAUACAUGGAUUGGAUGACAACCCAGAUAUCUAACUUCGAUUUCAGUUGGAAAUGGGAUGAGUGGGUCGCUGACUCUCAGCUUUACGCAAAGCUCUACUACCACCCAAAGAAGAACUUCAUCAAGAACUUGAUUGCCAAAGAGAUUCGUCUUUCCAACAAGGCCAGAAUCAAGGAUAGUUUUGUCACCAUGCAGCAGGACGAAAAUGGAGAUAACAAGCUCAUGGCACUUGAAGAAUUCUACAAGUAUCUCGACAUCUCCCUAUAUCCUAAUGCUUUGGACUUCGUUAUCAACUAUGAUUAUGAAUUGUACGGUGGAAACAAUGAGGAAUUGAAGAAGAUCGUGACUGAGGCAAUUUACCAACGUAAGGAUGCUACGGCCGACCGCUUGAUGUUGUCGCCUCAAGAGGAGCUCAUCUACGAAUUCUCCAAUCCCCAGCUUCCUCUUCACGAGGUUGCCAACAAGCUCUAUGACUUUAUUAUUGCCAACUGGAGAUCUAACGAACAGUUCCAUGACAUGAUCAAAGAAACAAUCGAGGCUAUUAAGUCGUCUGUGGUGCACGUUGACGCUGAACGUAUCUUGAUCAACUUGCUUUUCCAAACCUACGCCUACAUUGGUUCAAGAUCGAUCUAUUCUGUUGUCAGUAUCAUCAACAGAGACAUUGCCAAGUUGAAGUUCAUCAGUGGCCAAACGGUGACAGAAGAGGACUACAAGGCAAGUGGAACCGACUUCAACUUCCCAGAAUUGGAAUUGACACCAGAGGAGUUCCAACAAAGACAAGAGUGGAUCGUUGACUCAAUCUUAAGAAUCUGGGUCCACCAGCCACAGGUUGCUUUCCUUAUUUUGGAAUACCUUAUCGAGUUCGGUAUUCUUAAUCCUUCUUUCCUUAUGAAGAAAGCCUUGAACUUCGAACACAACCUCAUCAUCAGCAACGUCUCUUGUAUGGAAUCCAUCAACCGUGUCUUGAGCACAAGCGCUAAGGGUGACGGUUUCAAGGACGUGAUGCUCACCUUGUUUGGACAAAUUGUGGAGAACUUGAACCGUAUUGUUGACAGUCUCGAGCUUGAAAAUCCACAGAGCGAUGAGAUUGAAAUCACCAAGACUUUUGAAGAGGACCAGAAGGAAGAUACUGCUUUAAUGACCAAGAUCGACCUCCAAUGGCUCUUCUACGAGUACAGAGGCUUACUCAAGACGUACUUGAGAAAGUUCAACGUCGAACACGCUGAAUUCUUGGAGAAUGCCAGAGACUUAUUCAGUGACAUCAAGAACGAUCCUACAAAGAAUGACGUUUUCAAAUGGCUUGAAGAAUUACAGUAUUAA